CUCAGUCUCCCACGUGACCGGAAGAACCGGCGUUUGGCAGCUUUCAGGUUCAAGUGAAAGUGCUGCCCCCACGUCAGACCCAACAGAGACCCCACAGUCAGAUGUAUUGUAGCCUGUACCCCAGGAAGGAGACAUGCUCUGUAGCUAGCCUGUGAUUGGACAACGUGUUCAGCUGAGCCACACCAGGGAGAGACCAUCAGUGCUACAAUGGAGGGGGAACAGCAGCAGCUGCGCAAUCUCCGAGACUUUCUGCUCGUGUAUAACAAGAUGACGGAGCUGUGCUUCAGCCGCUGCGCAAAGAAUCUCAACUACCGCUCGGUAACCAUGGAGGAGGAGCAAUGCCUGGACAGUUGCGCAUCCAAAUUCAUCCGCGCCAACCACCGCCUCAUGUCGGCCUACGUGUCUCUGAUGCCCAGCGUGGUGCAGCGCAGAAUGGCCGAGUAUGAGGGGGCCGCCGCUAAUGUGCCUCCCAUAGAGACUGAGCCCAGCGCUGAUCACAUGCCCCCCGUUAUUUCUUCUCACUCGGGGAACUCGCCCACAAACAAACAAUUGGACUCGGUGUCAGACUUACCGGUGGGAAAAUAAAACGUCAUUGUGCCUGUGCCGAAUUCUCUGCACCACCUUUUUGUUUCUUUUUAAAUGUCUUUAUUGUUUGCACCAAGCAGAUCCCUAAAUGCAACUUUGCAAUACAAUUGUAUAACCUGGAGUAGAUCUACUUAUUGUAAUGAUGAGAAGUCGACAUUGAGCAUCACGUUACUAUCAACUUACAACACAUUCACCAACUGUCACGUGACAAGACUAUCAAGGUGUUCAUUAAAGUGUCACUAAGAGGUUUCUCUCUGCUGGUUCCUCAGACCUACACCAAGUAGUGAAUGAGAAAAACA